AUUUUCAACUUAUUAUUCGGUUCACUAAAACCCCUGUUUCAAAAUGGUAGCUUCUGAUGGUGGUGGUGAUGGAUCUUGUUCACCGUUGAUUUCACAACCCAAAGAGGCUUCAGCAGACGUUAUGGAAGUUAAGGAAGAAGAGGAAGAAGAAGAGGCAGUGAGUUGUAAAGGUGGUGGUUCUGACGGGUCAUCUUCCUCAUCUAAUUCCACUUCACCAAAGCUCACUAAGCAAAUGGAUCAAGCAAACAAGUCCCAGGAGUUGCUGAAACCAGAAGUCGUCCAAGUCAAAGAAGAGAGCAUUGAGUUUGUGGUGGACGAUUUUGAUGGAACAGAGUACUUCAAUUACGGUAGUGGAUGUGAUACCAAUGGAUCAUAUUCUUCAUCCUCUUCAAUGGUGUUGCCUAAACCCAUGGAGUGUUUGCUGGAAACUGGGCCGCCACCUUUUCUGAACAAGACAUUUCAGAUGGUGGAUGACCCGGAAACCGACCAAAUUGUGUCAUGGAGCCAAGCUCGCCAAAGCUUCAUUGUCUGGGGCUGCCAUGAGUUCUCCAAGACCCUAUUGCUUAAGUACUUCAAGCACAACAAUUUCUCAAGCUUCAUUCGCCAGCUCAAUACUUAUGGAUUCAGGAAGGUUGAUCCGGAUAGGUGGGAGUUUGCAAAUGAGGGUUUUCAAGGAGGGAAGAAGCACUUGCUGAAAAGCAUCACGAGAAGAAGCAGAUACAACAGGCAGCGACCGGGAAGCAAUGUCUCAGCUAAUUCAACCCGAAAAGCCAGUUUAGAAACCCAACUCGAAACUCUGAAGAAGGAUCAGGAUGUAAUGGAAGUCGAAAUCUUGAAUCUCAAGCAGCAACAGAAGUACUCGCAGCAUCAGCUGACUGCUGCCGAAGAGAGGAUCCGAAAUUCCGAGUUUAAGCAGCAAAGAUUGCUGCUUUUCCUGACCAAGACAACAAGGGUACCCAAUUUUGUGGAGCAGCUAAUGCAAAAAGGAGCGGUGAAGAGGGAGCUCGAGGGACGCGAUUUAGGAAAGAGAAGGAGAUUACUUUCAGCCCAAAGGUUCGAAGAUUUUGGUGAUGGUGGAGACCAAGUUCAAGUACUUUGUGAGCACUUGCCGAAAGCAGUGGUUCCUCAACAGCCAGAAACCCCAUUGCCAGCUUCCUUGGUUGAUAAGUCAUGUAGUCCAUUUCAAAGUAACAAGUCACAGACAGAAAUGCACUCUGUUUAUCAUGAUAUGUCUGAGAAAAUGCUAGAGGAAAGUUCAGUUCUUGAUGAUGAAUGUGCAGUCAAUGACUCAAACUUUUACCAGGAAUUGGAGGAUUUAAUUAUCGGGCCACACGAUUUCGAUGAAUUGAUUGUCUAGCCACGUGAUUGGAGUCCAUGGUAGUAUUGGAUGAUCAAACAAGCUGCUUGUGUUGGUUUAAUGCCUUGAUAAGUUGAUAUCAAAGCUGCGAAGAUCUGAGAAUGGAGAUGCAAACCGUUCAGGUUUCCAGGUGACUCGAGGACUCCUUGACCAGCCAUGGCGUCCUUUCUAGUAGUUACAUACUUCUGUCACCUUAAUUCCCUUGUUUUUACAUUUU